ACGGAUGGUGGAAGGCCAAUUAUAGCGCGCGCUAAGCCUUGGGGGGAUCUGCACGCUAGGCAGCCGCGAUCCGUGUCGUCAGCACAGCCCAGCCUUCGCCGCUCGACCAACAUCAAAGGACGGCGAUCCGUCUCCUUGACCCUUUCUCUUCCUUUGUAAAUCCUCUCCAACACCACAACACCAUAGAUCACCAUGGGAGUUGCAAAACUUCAUUUCGACGUAGCCACAGGCCUCUACCUUCCCGGUGGAGAGGACAUCGUCCGUCGUGCCAUCUCGCACCCUUCAACUGUCAGCUUCGUCAAGCGCGCUGUCGGCCAUGGCGAAGGUGCGGGCGAGCCCGUUGAGAUGCCUGUUUGGGGUAUGGCACUUUUGGGUGUGAGCUUCUACGCGGCCAUCAUUGCUCUGAGCCUGCUCUCCUACAUGCUCAAAGAAGUCGUCGCUACCCUUUGCAUGAUCGAGACCCCGCACGCAGCCAUCACAAUCUCUCCAUCUGAGGAGCCCGCAUCCAAAGAUGAGAAGGAGUCCCUUCUUGAGACCGGUCCUGUCAUCACCCUCGUCCGUCAGAAGCCUAUCACUUCCAGCAUCCGCGGCACCGUCAAGCACGUCGUCGCCAACGCCGGCCGUCUCGCUCGCUUCAGGGGCUUCAAGAUUCACGCCCUGUACUCGUUAGCCUUCUCCCUCGCCGUUCACUUCUUUACGGCCUUCUUCUUUUCCCUUGUCCCCAGCGGCAUCCCUGGCCAGGCCAUCCUUGUCAGCGGUCUGGCUGGUGCCACUGUUGCCAACUUGCACGCCGCAUGGACUCACAAGGUCGUUUCCAUGCCCUCUGAGGCGACUUUCUGGCAGCGCAUCCCUAGCAAGUCCCACUGGAAGGCGCUUGCACCCGCCGCGGCCGUCUCUACCGCCAUGCCUUACAUCAGCAUGUACCUGACCGGUGGUGUUGCCAUGCUUCUUGGCCUCCACAAGCUCAACCAGGACAACCUCGAGCAGUACACCAGGGGCCAGUGGAUGUGCGUCGCCGUUCGCGUCCUUGCCACCGUCGGCUUCGCCAUCUUCUCGACCCUGUUCCUCUGCAUCCCAGCCGUUGUCACCCAGGUCCGCAUCGAAUCCUCCAUCCUGCCUGAAGACCAGGACACCAUCGUGCCCUUCGACCGCACCUUCGCCGGCAAGGUCGUCAGCCAGCUGCUCGGUGGAAGCGGCAAGAUCGGAUUCUUCGACGCAUGGCGCAGCUUCAACUGGGAGGCCCGUCGCCGCCUGUUGAAGUUGUACGCCAAGAUCGGCGCCAUUCUGUUCUUCGCCAUGUUCGUAGUCGCCCACGUCCUUGCCUUCGAGCUCUUCGCCGUCAUGGGCCCUCAGCUUGGAGAGCUCCUUGCUAAGGCCAGACACGAGGGUUUCGUGCCGCAGAACUAGGUACUGUCGACCACGUUGGCUGAACGGAUUGGUUUUUGAACGAUGGUUUCUCUUGGCUCAAAUCGAUUGGCGCGUUGUAUGUAGUUCAUUUUAAACUCUCCGACUACACAGUCCCUUUUCUCUUGUUUACUAGAACUUUACUCGUAUCUAGCUUUGUUCUGAAUGCAGAGUUCGCUUUGACUAGAUGUUACCUAUUUGUUCGUGAACUCCUGCCUGG